AUGAGCCCCAAGAAAGGCGAAACCGGACGUGGGCUGUCGGCGGAGUUUCAGCAACCUUAUGAGGAGCAACUGAAUGUGCUGCACCAGGCCACCUCAUUUCUCAGUCGCUACGAUAUCCCAGAUAUCGCGAUACAUGUCUAUAAUUGGAAACAUCACAAACGACAGAAUCAGCUGGGUUCGAGGUGUCGACAACCACACGAAGAGAUUUAUCUAAAGGCUAUCAAAAGCAUCUCCUAUAGAUUUGUCGAGAUCUGUGAGCUGCCAUUGAUGUGGCCCGUCUCGGGGUCCCCAUCCAGGAAGACGACCAUGACCAGCGCAGCUGAGUUUGCUGGUAAUGGCUCUCACACUUCGCUGCCAAGUCAUUGUUUGACCGCCUCUGGCUCUCUUCCACCCUUCACGUGGUUGUGCGAAAAAAGCCCUUCGAGGAAGUCGGUCGACUGGCAUACGCAGCACGUGGCCAAGCCAGCGCAACCCAUUCAGUUUGAUCAGUUCAUCUAUCGAGGAAUUGCUGAUCCGGUGUUCCCACCAGAUUCAGGCAAUGCUCCGAAGACAUCGAUGGUCAAACACUGA